AUGGCGUACGGGGUCACGGUGGACGAGCUAAAGGCGUUGAUGGAAUGCAGAGGAGUCGAGGCCAAAGAACGCAUCGAAUCAGACUACGGAGGGACCACAGGAUUAUGUCAGAAGUUGAGUACAGAUCCGGCAAAUGGCCUUCCCGGAGAUGCAGAAGAAAUAAAGCGAAGGAAACAGGUAUUCGGAUCGAACGAGAUCCCUCCGACCCCCUCCAAAAGCUUCAUCAGACUAGUAUGGGAGGCCAUUCAGGAUGUAACCCUGAUCAUCUUGCUGGUCUGCUCCUUGGUUUCGUUGGGUUUGGCCUUAUGGGCCAUGUAUGGCCCAAAAGGAGGAGAAGGUAGGGGGAGAUUAAGAUUUUUUGUAUUGCCUUCGAAGUAAAAGUUUAUUUUCAUUGAAUUUCAGCGGCUGCGGGUCACGAUGAAUCAGAAAACAGUGCCAAUUGGAUUGAAGGAUGUGCCAUUCUUAUAUCAGUAGUUGUAGUUGUAUUAGUAACCGCCUUGAAUGACUGGACCAAGGAGAAACAAUUUCGCGGCCUUCAGGCCAAAAUCGAGACCGAACACAAAUUCUCGGUGGUCCGCGGUGGCCAUGCGGUCGAGAUUGUGGUCAAUGAACUCGUGGUCGGAGAUAUCGCCAAUGUAAAAUACGGUAAGUAAAUUAUUUAGAAUUAAAAGUUAUGUUGGGCAUGAAUUAUAUUACCGUUUUCAGGUGAUCUCCUUCCCGCUGAUGGUAUCAUAAUCCAAUCCAAUGACCUCAAAAUCGAUGAAUCGUCACUGACUGGAGAGUCGGAUCUGAUCAAGAAGAGUCCAGAACACGACCCAGUCCUUCUUUCGGGUACUCAUAUCAUGGAGGGAAGUGGCAAGAUGCUGGUCACAGCCGUCGGAAUUCACUCCCAAACUGGUAUCAUCAUGGCCUUAUUGGGUGCUACAAAAGCUGAGGGAAAAGAAGAUAAAACCCCACCCAAGUCUCCACAAAAUAGAAGUAAGUGUUUGGGUUUGUCGUAUUGAUUGAUAUGUUUUCUUUUUUAGCCCUGAGUGCCAACGGACUUGAAUCUGCGCCAAAUGGGAAGCCAGCAGCACGAGAACAUCCGAUCGAAGAAGAACCGACUAAGACAAAGUCGGUUCUUCAAGGAAAACUUUCAAAUUUGGCCAUCCAAAUUGGCUAUAUCGGUAAGUUUAUUUCAUCGCUAAAGCAUGUUUAUUUCUUUAAUGAUUAAGAAGAAAUUUAUUUUUAGGGUCUGUUGUGGCGGCCGCUACCGUAAUCAUCUUGAUUGUGAGGCAUUGCAUCACUCAUUACGCAGUAAAGAAGGAACCUUUCACAAUGUCCGACAUCUCUUACUUUGUCAACUUUAUCAUUGUUGGUGUAACUGUCCUUGUAAUUGCUGUACCGGAAGGUCUCCCAUUGGCAAUCACUUUGGCUUUGACAUAUUCUGUCAAAAAGGUUAGUUGUUUGGUUGUCUUUGGUGUUAUAAUUGGAUACCAGAGCUUAUGAUUGUAUUCUAGAUGAUGAAAGACAACAAUCUUGUCCGACAUUUGGAUGCUUGUGAGACUAUGGGAAAUGCAACUAGCAUUUGUUCCGAUAAGACUGGAACCUUGACCACCAACAGAAUGACGGUCGUUCAGAGUUAUAUCAAUGGUACGCAAACAUGGGGUUUAAUAUAUUCGAAUUAAUUUUAGACCGUUUCUAUCGAGAAGUCCCACCAACCUGGUCCGAAUUGGACGAGAAAACGAGAGAAUUAUUGUUGGAAGGCAUCUCCAUCAACUCCGGGUACAACUCAAAUGUGGAGCCGUCAGAUGUUCAAGGUCAACUUCCAAGCCAGGUAAAUUAGUUUCGUUUAAUUCAGUUUAUACAGCCAUAUUAGUGAAAAAUACAGUAGGAUACGGAUAUUGAAAGGGGAAUUAAAUAAUAACUGGGAUGGAGGGAUAGGGAGCUUGAGUUAGGAGUUCUGUUAUCAUCUCGGAAAGGUCGGGUGUAAUCUGGGAUUGGAUUCUGAUCCAAGUUUGCGUUCUCUAGUCUCGGCGCUUGGCAACAACAUCUGCCGAUACAUGAAGAGGUGGGGUCGUAUAAUUGACAUGUUUGAUUGUUCUCACAACCAACGCUCAUCAUAAAACCCCCAUUUAUACAGAUUGCAUAUGAAUUACAGGCUAAAAGCGGAUAAUUUUGAACGAUAUUAUCUGCAAAACUUACGAACUUCACUUGUAAAUCGAUAAGGCGCCACUCCGCAUAUAUACCGGGCAAAUGGAACAUUAAUUUGUCUCUUGUUUAGACCACUCAGCAAGUUGCAAUAGGCAGUAGAUAAUAAGAGAAUUAGAAGGGAACUUCGGAGAACCAUAUCCCUUUCUUUUUGAUGGCUAUGUUAUUGUUUGUCAGGCCAGGGAUUUUUUGCGUCUAAUUUUUGAGGGAACCUCAGCUGUCUGCAUAUAUUUGGAUAGCUGCAGUAUUCGAAUAAUAAAAUCUUAUUUUUUUGAGAUGUGUGAAUCAGUCCCUCUUUGUUGAAGUAAUAAUGUUAAAUUUGUUUUAGGUUGGUAACAAAUCCGAAUGUGCCAUGCUCGGCUUCAUGUUGGAUCUGGGCCAAGAUUACCGAGCUGUUCGUCGAGCUCAUCCCGAGGAAUCGCUGGUCAAAGUUUUCACAUUCAACUCGCAGAGAAAAUCGAUGAUGACGGUGAUUAAAAGAGAAGGAGGAGGCUACAGAGUCUAUGCCAAGGGAGCUUCUGAGAUCAUUAUGUCAAGAUGCAAAUUCAUGCUUGGCGCUGGAGGCCAAGUCAAGGCAUUCGGAGAACAGCAAUUCGCCGAAAUCAACCGAUCUGUCAUCGAACCCAUGGCUUCUGACGGACUCAGAACGAUGGGAUUGGCAUUCAAGGAUUAUGUCCCGGGAACUCCUGGGCCAAACGAGGUAAUGCAUCGGUUUUAUUUGAUAAGUAAAUCAUACUACAGUAUGCGUCAUAAUUAUAACCGCACUUUAAAAAUGAGUGUAACUUUUGUGAUUGUGAAUAGAAAUGUGUCAUAUUUGGCACCAAUGUGAAUCAGUGUACUAGAAAUGAUGUCCCAAAAAAUUGUUUUGAAAGCUUUCCGUAUUUUAGAAAAAAGCUGUAAAAACCAAAAUUUUGGUACUUUUCGGUGCGUCAAAAUUAUAACCGCACUUGCGAAUUUUGGCUAUUAGUCUAACGAAAACACAGAAUAUCAAUAACUGAUGUUUAGUUAAGCUCCCUGAGGCCUCAAUAACGCCCAUCACACGACUCAGAACCCUCUGGGCAAAUUUUUGUGGCGCAUCUUGCCCCAUCUUGUGCCUGAAUCGGAAAACGGCAGAUUUUCGCGCAGUAAGACCGUUCGGCCCAAGUUGUGAGGAACUUUCUGGUCGCCUCGGAAGGUUUUAACAAUUCUAAAUGUUAUGGCAGACAAAAGUUUACCACUGCUUCCGGUUGAAAAGAAAUAAUCCGCCGGGCUUCUAACUCUGCCAUCUCUGUGGUUCACUUAAAUCAAGCUCUGAGCUCCAGUAGCAACGGGAGCACCGUGCUGAGGGUCGGAAAACACAGCGACGUCAUCACAUGGCACCAUGUGACGUUGUGACCCCAGCUGACCGCAGUUUACGGCAACCUGCGGCCGAAAUUUGCCAAGGAUACAUUCACAACAGAGGUUGACUAGUGACAGAUCGCUGAAAUCGACGUUUGACCGUUGCAGUACCAUAUUCCUUGUAGAUUGGGUAGUAGCGUGACAGCCUUGACGGUCUUACAUACCAAUGGCAUGAGAUUAAAAACGUAUCGCGUUACUUAUUAUGCCGUAAUUAUAGAGACCGCCGGCUGAUGAUUUGGGGCGCCUUCAAAAAAGCCGGAGGCCUUCCGUUGACGGCCACGGCGACUCAAAUGAAAGGCCUUGAGUACUACGAAGUCUUAGGCGAACAUCUGGUACCGUACUGGCAAUCUGGCUAUACUUUUGUAGGAGAAUGCCCACGUCCACCAUAGCUGGUCGACAUACCAGUUCCUUUGAGAGCAAGGCAUUUGCCACCAUAGACUCGCUCGCAUAUUCCCUGGGUUUAAAUCCGAUAGGAAACUUGUGGGGCCUCCUCCCCCGUUAAUUGCAUCGCUACAACCAGCGGUAUUCUACCGUAACUGAGCGAAAAUCUGCCGUUUUCCGAUUCAGGCACAAGACGGGGCAAGAUGCGCCAAAAAAAUUUGCCUAGAGGGUUCUGAGUCGUGUGAUGGGCGUUAUUGAGGCCUCAGGGAGCUUAACUAAACAUCAGUUAUUGAUAUUCUGUGUUUUCGUUAGACUAAUAGCCAAAAUUCGCAAGUGCGGUUAUAAUUUUGACGCACCGAAAAGUACCAAAAUUUUGGUUUUUGCAGCUUUUUUCUAAAAUACGGAAAGCUUUCAAAAAAAUUUUUUGGGACAUCAUUUCUAGUACACUGAUGCACAUUGGUGCCAAAUAUGACACAUUUCUAUUCACAAUCACAAAAGUUACACUCAUUUUUAAAGUGCGGUUAUAAUUAUGACGCAUACUGUAUAGAUUUUUCAUGACGGCUCUUAACAUUUAAAUGUAUUUUUAUAGUACCAAUUCGAUGAGAACUUGAACCUUGACGAUGAAGAAGCGGUCCGGGAAGGGAUGACUGCCAUUGCCAUUGUCGGAAUCCAAGAUCCGGUCCGUCCCGAAGUCCGAGAUUCCAUCGAGAAAUGCCAACGCGCCGGGAUCACCGUCCGCAUGGUGACUGGAGAUAACAUCAACACUGCUCGCUCCAUCGCUACUGCUUGUGGAAUCUUGAAGCCUGGAGCCGAUUUCUUGGCUCUGGAGGGAAAAGAAUUCAAUGCUAGGUAAGCAAAUUGAUUUGUUGUGGAUUUAGUAUUUUAUGUGGCUGAUGUUGAUAAUUUGAUUUCAGAAUUCGGGAUUCCAAUGGCCAAGUCAGUCAGCAGAAACUCGACCUUAUCUGGCCCACCCUCCGUGUGUUGGCCAGAGCUCAGCCAACAGACAAAUAUGUCCUUGUCAAGGGUAUAAUCGACUCCAAGGCUACCAAGAACCGGUAAGAAAUGAUAGAAUUGAUGUUUGUCUUGUUUUCUUUUCUUUACAAUAAUGUUAUCUUUUUAGUGAGGUUGUUGCUGUAACCGGAGACGGAACGAAUGACGCCCCAGCCUUAAAGAAAGCGGAUGUUGGAUUUGCCAUGGGUAUUGCCGGAACAGAUGUGGCCAAGGAGGCGUCGGAUAUUAUCUUAACCGAUGAUAACUUUACUUCCAUUGUCAAGGCCGUUAUGUGGGGAAGGAAUGUUUACGAUUCCAUCGCCAAGUUCCUCCAAUUUCAACUGACUGUCAACGUGGUCGCUGUUACGAUCGCCUUUAUCGGAGCCUGUGCCAUCAACGAUUCUCCAUUGAGAGCCGUGCAAAUGCUCUGGGUCAACCUGAUCAUGGACACGUUGGCCAGUUUGGCUUUGGCCACAGAAAUGCCAACCGAAGAACUCUUGGAGAGGAAGCCUUAUGGAAGGACGAAGAGCCUGAUCUCGAGGACCAUGGUCAAGAACAUUGUGGGACAUGCCCUCUAUCAACUAAUCAUCUUGUUCGGAAUUCUCUUCUUUGGGGACAAGAUUGUCCCAGAUUUGCCGAGUGGAAGAUGGGCUCCUUUGGGGUCCCCUCCUUCCCGUCAUUUCACUUUCAUCUUCAAUGUGUUCGUCCUGAUGACCCUUUGUAAUGAGAUUAAUUGUCGAAAGAUCCAUGGAGAAAGAAAUGUGUUCAAGGGGGUCUUCUCCAACCCAAUCUUCUGCAUCAUCUGGCUGAGCACUCUUAUUCUACAAGUGUUAAUUGUUGAAUAUGGAGGGAAAUGGUUUUGGACGGCGCCUUUAACUCUGACUCAAUGGGGCAUUUCAGUUGCAUUGGGAGUAGGAGAGUUCAUCUGGGGUCAAGUAAGUGGAGUUUGGAAGAAAUGGAAUGCAUUUGUUGUGUAAUUAUUAUAUUUUAUAUUGUUUCAGGUGAUAGCAACGAUUCCGGGCAAUGUUCUUCCCAAAUUCUUCUCCCUUGGCCGUGGCGAAGUCCAACCGACCUCGAUUCUGGUUACUGGAGAAUAUGAUAUCCCUGAAGUUAGAACAGCCGCAGGCAAAGAAUUGGGAUCAGUCACUCCAAGCCAACAGAAUGGAAGGCCAGGGCAGAUCCUUUGGCUGCUUGGGUUGACGAGAUUGCAAACUCAGGUAAGUGAUGAUCUCUUUAGUUGUAAAGAACUAAUGUCUAGGACCAAAAGAAAGUUAUUUUUAAUCAUUUUUAUUAGCCCAAUGUUACCAGUUAUUCAAUUUUUAUAUGCUAGACGUUGUUAUCGGUUUUAUAAACAUGGUUUUAGUACAGUUAGAGUACUUUGUUAGACUCGGUUAGGCCAUUAUUUUUUGCACAGCAAUCCUUUGGUGGUUAGAGGAACAAUUCCUGUUUUGUUUUCUGUAACUGAAUAGUCGUAAAACUGUUGAUAUCUCUGUAUUCUGUCGAGUAUCUAACACUAAACCUUCCGAAAUUAACAUUGUUGUAGAUGUUUGUUUUAUAUUCACCAUGACUUUAGAGUCCCGUCUUGAUAAAUGCAAUUUUUGCCGGUUGAGUAUUUCUCUAUUCGGUUUUAGAUUCGCGUUGUCCGCGCCUUCCAAUCGGGCGUCAACACCUCCCAUCCCUCAUCACUGACCCUGGAUGCGGGCGACAGAUUCCGUCAGUCCUACCGUCGUCUGAGGAUCGCCAAGGAACGGGAAUUGGAAAGUCAGUAAUUACUUUUUCCGCUCCUUUUACAACCUCCGUUCUGUGCCGUUUUUCCGAGUUUUUGUGCCUUUUCUGCGUCCACUUUUCGCAUUUCCAAUCAACGUUCUGGACCGGUUCUUGGUCUCUGUUUUUGUCGCUUUUCGUAUUUCUAUUCCCCUGAGUGCUUACACUGUUUAAAUCGUUUUCCGGCUUCUGAGGCUCGACAUUCACUAAUCCUUCUGUACUUUCUGUAUUACUAAUAAUAGUAUUCUUUUUUCCAUCUGCAAUGUCGAUCCUCAGGGCUUCCAAGCAUUUUCAAGUUUUGCUUUGUUAUGUCAAUGUUUUUACUGUUUCUUUGUGAGUAAAGUUAAUUGUUCGUCUUUCAUGGAGUGUCUUAUCCUAUCACAGAUUCACUUUUCGAGAACUUUUCGGAUAUCGGGUUUACUUUUUUCGGUUAAUAUCCCUGCUUAGAACUUGUAUUAAAUGCUAUUAUUCUCAAGUCAAAAGUGAUUUCUUGGUGUAACAUUGGUUUCACAAAAAGUUUCCUCAAUUUAGGAGACAUUUUGGACUUCUGUUAUCCGUCACUUUUCUCUCCUCCAAUGGGGCCAAAUUCUAUUAUUUGUAUAAAUCUUGCAUAUUAUCCUAUCUAUUCGAAUCGUUUUGUGUCGCUUGAUUUUGAUGUAAUAAACAAAACUGUUAUAACACGCUGUUUCCUACGAUUAACCAUCGAUGUUGUGCUUGUUUUUCGAAUGUGUUUUUCAUAUGCUUUCGUCGUAUAAUGGAUAUUGGAGGAGGUGGCACUUGUUUUGAGGCUUUUAAUGGCUUCAGCGUGGGCAUGUUAUACUUUUGAUACCAUCAUUGACGAUUUUUCAUUAAUUUACAAUCUUUCGUAUAACGUGACUCCAAUCUUACUGUAAGUUUAGAUGUGUAACAAGCUUUGGAUGUUGUCCGUUUCCUUUACAAAUAAUCUUUCCACUAAUAACUUCCCUUUUAACUCCCUUUCCACUAAACUCCCUUUACUUUUCGACUUACAACUCCGACUACUACUUACUCUUCCCUCUUAACUCUCCUCCUCCUGUAACUCCCAUUUGCAGGGCUUAGUCAACUUCGAGCAGGUGGACAGACACGAGUCGCGCCGGCAUCGCCGACCACCUUCAAAUCCACCGACAACAUGACCUUCCACUAA